UUUUAUGAUUUGUCACUUGAUAGAAAUUUAAUUGAAUUAAUUAUCUUAAAGCAAUAAAUUAAAUAAAUUGAUUAAUCGCUACUUAUUCAAGAAUCAGCGAAAUUAAUUUGUAAUGAUAAUAAUAAUAAAUAAAUAAAUUAUUUGUUAUUUAUAAAAUCUCUACAAAAAAGAUAGAUAGAUAGUUAGUUAGUUUUCAUAAUAUUUUAGUAGAUCAAUAUAAGAAAAUCAAAAUUAAAUAUACUUACUUACUUACUUAGCAGAAAUGGAUGGAUCUUCAUCAUCUUUAAUUAGAAAACCCUUCAUUAUUAGGGGUAAAAAGGAGGAAUUUCUGAUUCCUGAAAACGACUCUCAUUUUGAUUAGAGUGUUGAGUCUAAGGUUAGUUUUACAUAGGCAUGCAACUGGUUCAUUUCAUUUAUUUUAACUUAUGAGUCUGUAAAAUAAUUCUAUUAUGUUUUCUACUAUGAAGGAAAAUGCUCUGACUAUUCAAGAAUUAUGAUUUAUUAUAUGCUGGCUAAUGGCUUUUGGGUUCUCAUAAGUAUUAUUGGCGCAAAUUUAAUUCGCUCUAAGCAAUCAAAAAAAAUAUUUAUCUUUUUCAUCCUUCUUAUAAUCACGUUUAUUUCUAGAAUCGUUAUAUAUAUUUUAAUGUAUGAUACUAUGAACCAUUACAUAUCAGAUGCUACCUUGCAGGACUGUUACUGCAGAUCUAUUUACGUUGAGGAUUUGUAUAUGAUUCAAGCCAUAGUUGAGGGACUCAUCCUUCUUAUUCUGAUAGUCUUUGUUAAGAUAAUCCACAAAUAUAUAUUAAGCUAUGAGUAGAAAGAUAGAGAAUAGUUCUUUGGACCAGGAGCAUCUGGUAGUAGUCUUAAACCAAGAUUCAUAGGAAAUUCAAGCAGAAUAAAUAAUUGAAUAAAUAUUUAAGAAAGACUUAUAAGUAUUAGUAUUAUUCAAGAAAGAAAGAGAGAGAGAAUCAAAAGGGAUUGAAUUAAAUAAGAUGAUGCUUAAAUCUCUUAUUGAUUUAUUAUUUAAAUCAUUCUUUUGUAUAUUUAUAAAAUUAUUAUUAUUGAAAUUAUGUAUUAUUAUUAUAUAUCUGUAUAAAUCAAUCUCGUUUAAUUUAUUAUAUUCAACAUUAGCUCUCUCUCAAUUAUUAUUUAAAUUU